UCCUCUUCCGUAGGCAGUGUUUUGUGGCUCCAGGAAGCCAGACGUGAACUCGACUGACGAAAAGAAUAAUAGAGACCAGGGACAUCACGGGACAUCACAUUUUAACCAUGUUAAAACUCGCUGUAGUCGCUCUUGUGCUUCUCAGCGCCAGCUGUUUUGCCAAACAAUCUGACCCCAAAGUGCAGGUGUACAGCCGCAACCCUGGAGAGUAUGGGAAGAAAAACGUGCUGAUCUGCUACGUCAGUGGCUUUCACCCCCCGGACAUCACCAUUGAGCUCCUGAGGAACGGGGUGGAGAUCCCGGGCAGCCACCAGACCGACCUGGCCUUCGAGCAGGGCUGGCAGUUCCACCUGACCAAGCAUGCUGACUUUACCCCCCAGACGGGAGAGGAGUACAGCUGCAGAGUCCGGCACAUGACCAACACAAAAAUCUACACGUGGGAACCGGACAUGUGAACGUGCAACAAUUGCCGGAAAUAACAGUUGAUUCUCUUCACCCUCUCUCUCCGAAACGCCAAUCCUGCUUCGAUUUGAUUUUAUAAUUCAGGGGUGUCCCGUCCUGCAGAGCUCAGCUCCAGGUUCAGGUGUGUUUAACUGGAGCUAACCUCUGCAGGAUAGUUACAGCAGUAGAUCCGCACCCUGAUAUCGUCUCUCAGCUGCGUCUGGUCUGAUCUCUAGGAACUCCAGCACUUAUCAGACACUCCUAGAGCAGGAUGGGACACCCCUGAUUUAGGAUAUGCUGCCUGUGUUGCAGGCUGCAAUGUGUUUUCUUUCACACAAUGAAGACAAAUGUGUAACUUUACUUUAAUUUUCUUUUGGUGUGUAUCUUGACAUAAUUAUUAGGGUGCCUGCAGUAUAUAUAUCAGCAAUUUUCUAAAAUCUUGGCUGAGGAAUUUCUUUCCGUAAGUUAGUCUUUAUAACAUUAGCACUUAAACAUCUUAAUGUUUUUUUUCUGAAAUGUAUUUAAAAUUAAUGUGAAGAAUCAGGAGGGGGAGGUUUUGACAAUUUCAGUGGUAUAAUUCUUGCAUACACUGACUCAAGCAUGCUUUUAGUGUUAAAAAUCCUAUGGAAAGAUUUAUUGUCUCCAUAAAUAAAUCAUCAGAGUUUCUUAGUAAAAAUCAGUGACAAAAGAUUGCAAUUUUUAAAAUGUAAGCCAAAUUCUGUUUAUGAUGUAUCAACUGACUGUAGAGUUUAUAAUGCCUUGUAAUUCGGUUCAAUAAAAUAUUUUUCCUUCUUAA